AUGUGGCUGGAAAAGUUGGUGCUGGUGUACUUGCUCACACUUUUCAACUCGCUGGAUGGAUACUUUCUGGAUAAUCAUCACUUGCAGAACAAUGGACGCCAUCGGAGGAAAGACUCCAACGAGGCGAAGGCUGCGCACAGAAACUCAUUAGGUCCAUUACAAAGUCAAUUUAUAACUAAGAACAACACUAGGGUAAUUAGUCAACGAGGAGGCCUAGCGGUGCUGCCGUGCAGCGUCACCAUGACAACACCAGCCACUGUGUCCUGGUUUCGCCGGAAAGACUACCAGCUGCUGACGGUCGGCCUGUCGACGUACAGCAGCGACGAUCGGUUUCUGGUGGAGCAUACGCGGCACCUCGGCAACUGGGCGCUGCGGAUAAAGAACGCCCGCAAGGAGGACGAAGGACUGUACGAGUGCCAAAUUUCCACCCAUCCACCCCAGUCGAUAUUUCUCGAGCUUAGGAUCGUAGAGGCGGUAGCAGAAAUUCUCGAAGCGCCCGAUUUGCAUAUAGACGAAGGAUCAACACUGCGACUGGAAUGCAAACUGAAACGUGCCACCGAAAGUCCGCUUUAUGUCUUUUGGUACCACGAAGAUCGGAUGGUGAACUACGACCAGGAGGAUGGUGUGUCCGUGUCGAACAAUAAGCUGUCCUCCAGCAUCCUGACGGUGCGGAACGCGACGGCCCGGCACGGCGGUAACUACACCUGCGCCCCGGCCAACGCCCGCCAGUCGAGCGUUUACGUGCACGUGUUGAAAGGCGAAAAGCCGGCCGCAAUGCAACACCCGAACAAAAACCCGACGGCCACAUCCGGCGCCAGUGCGGCAGUGUCACUUACCGCAUCCCGCUUCAGCUGUCUCCGGCCGGCCGACCUGAUCUGCCUCGGAGGAUUUCUUCCGGCAACGGCCAGCCUCAUCGUGACGCUGGUCCGCUGGCUCUUCACGUCCACGCCGGGCAUCCGCUCGUCCCACACCGAGCAGGAACGGGAACGGCAGCGACGAUGGCGGCGAAGGGACGCACCGAGGAGUCCGCUGCGGCCACCCGGCUCGGCCCGGACCACCCUGCUCUGUAUACUAAUUGCUCCCUUGCUCUCCGUUAAGACUAUCUUCAGCAAAAGUAUUAAAUUGUUCGAUGCGGUUUAA